AUGAAGCAGCGAGGACAAGGCAAGACAAUGGGAGAGAACUGGACACCUGCCCCCUCCCCUAGAGGGUGCAAGAUGGGCGACGAAGAAAUGUCCACCGUGUACGCAGCCGAGCUUAGAGGCGCCGAAAUGGCCCUGCAGCAGAUUCAAGAAGGCUGGUACCGGACAGUUGGGAAGACGAAUGGACGGGGACGGCGGCGAGGAAAGGGAAGGAAGCGAGGAAAUCGAAAAACCUGGUCGAAUUACCAGGAAGGUAGACACUAUAGUAAUGGAAAGGUCAGAGAGAAGUCAUCUUCUUCGGCCAUGAUACAGACGCGCACCAGCAUGAUUGUAUUCUGA